AUGGCGACCUCGAACGCAGGCGAGAAGAAGAUGAUCAUGCUCAAGUCGUCCGACGGCAAGGAGUUUGAGGUGGAGGAGGUGGUCGCCAUGGAGUCGCAGACCAACCGCCACAUGAUUGAGGAUGACUGCACUGACAAAGCCAUCCCGAUCCCCAACAUCAACUCCGAGAUCCUCUCCAAGGUCAUCGAGUACUGCAACAAACAUGUCCUGGCCAAGGCAGGCAACGUCGCCACUCGAUCCCCCGGUGCCGCUGCGUCUAACACCGCGGCUCCCGCCGCCCUGGCCGAAGACCUCAAGAUCUGGGACGCAAAAUUCAUCAAGGUUAACCAUGCCACCCUCUUCGACCUCAUCCAGGCGGCAAAUUACCUCAAGAUCGAGGGGUUGUUGGACCUGACUUGCCAGACUGUUGCCGACAUGAUUCGUGGCAAAAUUCCAGAGGAGAUCCGUAAUUUCUUCAACAUCAAGAAUGACUACUUGCCAGAGGAGGAGGAGAAGAUCCGCAGGGAGAACCAAUGGGCAUUUCAGUAG